CUUCUGUGUCAUUCAGCGUGAUUCCGCCUAUCUAUCCCACCUGCACUCACUCACUCACUGCAAUCCAUAACACAUUGUGAUUGGAUUGUCAUUUUUAAAAAGCAUGUCUUGCUGCUAACCGGAAGCGGAAAUAGCGAGGGAGCGGUUGGUUGACAGCUGCUGGUCAACUGAAGUGGUUCGCCAGCAAAACAAUACAAUUGUGCAGAGAUGGAGCUGUGUGAAAUAUUAUACAACAAGGCUGAAUACAUCGAGACGGCAUCAGGCAACAAAGUCAGCAGACAAUCGGUUCUUUGCGGCAGUCAAAACAUUGUUCUCAAUGGAAAAACUGUCGUGAUGAAUGACUGUAUCAUCAGAGGAGAUCUCGCUAAUGUCAGAGUUGGGCGCCACUGUGUCAUUAAAAGUCGCAGUGUGAUCAGACCUCCGUUCAAGAAAUUCAGCAAAGGCGUGGCUUUCUUCCCCUUGCAUAUUGGGGAUCAUGUGUUCAUAGAGGAGGACUGCGUUGUCAACGCUGCACAGAUAGGAUCAUACGUCCACAUUGGCAAGAACUGUGUGAUUGGUCGGCGCUGUGUCUUGAAGGACUGUUGUAAGAUACUGGAUAAUACUGUCCUUCCCCCAGAGACAGUGGUUCCUCCAUUUACAGUAUUCUCUGGCUGUCCAGGUUUGUUUUCAGGAGAGCUCCCUGAAUGUACACAGGAACUGAUGAUCGACGUUACUAAGAGUUACUACCAGAAAUUCCUCCCUCUCAGCCAGAUCUAGGACUGAACUUUUAGUUUUUGUCUCGCUCACUUUCAUUCUGGGACCAAAGGAACCAAUAUGGACUAAUAUUCCCAACCAUCUCUUUAGCUCUAAGUUAAAAGUUGUAAAUCUCAAACAAAGUAAUGCCACUAUUAGUUUUAUUCACUGUUGUAUUCACUUGGAGUAAAAAUCCCUCGCUAUGAUAACAGAAUAUGAAAUGAUAAAAUAUGUGAUUUGUAUGCAAAACACCAUAUCCUUGUUUUCAUGUCAGUAUUUUUCGAUUUCUGUUAGUGUAUCUCAUAUAAUGUCACUGUACACUGCAGUCCUGCUGGUGUGGCUGAAAAAAAAUGACAGUGAUUUGCUGUUAGACGGAAGGGCCUUUAUUUAUUAAACUUUGCCAUUUCUGCAACACUAAACAUUUUCUGUUUGUAAAGACAGAUUACAGACACAGAUUACAGAUAAUAAAUGCUUUUUUAAAGUGUCUAUACGGACUCAUUUGAAAUGACCACAGCACAUUUGGGGGGCUUUUACCAAACAACAUGCUCCUUUUGUAAGGUGCAGUCACAUUAGUGAAAUUUUGGUUGGCCAAAAAAAACCCUUGCCUUCUGUCAAUAGUGUAGCGAUGUUUAAAGCACAGCUCUCACAAAUACAGGAUGACAUGCUAAAAAAUACAGCUACAUUUGCAUUUUUUGAGGUAGGGAUUGUUCAGUCUAUCUGAAGCAAUGGAUUUCUAUAAACAUGCUUCACACAAUUUAAGUACAAGAAUUAAGAAGACCUUUCAUCUAUGCAUACUGUAACUUGCCUUGACUGAGUCUUGGCCCCGUCUAGACCACAACAAAAACUAAUAAAAUAAAUAAACAUAAAAAUUGUCAUAACAUUUUUUAAAUCACUAUUGCUUUAAAAGCACAAAUGCUAAAACCAUACAGUUACGCAUUCAUACAAUGAACAAUACCACUCGGACAUUUAGAAUACUUGCAUUUGAAAGAGGUAAAGAUACUUGAUUGGAAUGAUUUUUUAAAAGUUGUUCCUCUUGGCACUCUUAAUAUCAUGCUCUCCCUUUUCUUUCAAUAUUUUUAGUUCAAAUUACGUAUACUACUGUUCAAAUGUUCAGGGCCAGUAAGAUU